CGCCGACUCGCCGCCAAACCUCCAUCUCCUCCAAAUCCAUAGCCCUCCUCCUCUCCUCUGUAAUGGCGGGGAAAUCCGGCGCACGCACGAGGAAGCGCGUGGAGGCGACGGAUUCCGCCGUCCUGAAGCGCGCGCGCGACGGCAGCGCCUUCACCCGCUGCGAGGCUUGCGGCAAGAGCGUCUCCGUGGUCCUCAUCGACAUGCACAACUGCAGCCUCGACGACAAGAUCCGCAUCAGCCUAGAGGCUCAGGUGGUGGAGCAGGCCGUGGAGGUGGCAGCGAGCAAGAAGAAGAGCGGCAAGAACAACAACAACAAUGGCGAGGGGGCCAAAAAGGGCAAGCGCCCACCCACUGCCUUUUUCCUCUUCAUGAGUGACUUCAGGAAGGAGUACAAGGCGGAGCACCCUGACAACAAGAGCGUCUCCGCUGUCGCCAAGGAAGGAGGGGAGAGGUGGAAAUCCAUGUCUGACGAGGACAAGAAGCCUUACUUGGACAAGGCUGCAGAGCUCAAGGCCGAGUACCACAAUGGCGAGCGCAGCGACGAGAACAAUGUUGGUGGCAACGCAGGCGAGCAGGAGGUAGAUCAGCCACCCAAGAAAGGCACUGAUGAAGACGACCAAGAAGAUGAAGAUGGUGCAGAGGAAGAGAAGAACGAGCUAGACGACGACAUCUAGGCCACCGGUCCAAUGGAUGGAUGGAUGGAUAAUUCCUUCUCUUUUUGUAAAUGGCGGAUCCAUCACAUUGCUAGUAUGCUAGUGGGAGCAGCAGUAUCGAUUGAUUCUGGUGGUGGUGAUCUUCUAGUACUAGAACUACUAGUGCUUGCAGUGUGACCUGCACAUCAAGUGAAUGAAUGAAUGAAUGAUUAGACGACUUAAUUAUCCCUCUUUUUUUGGAUUCGAUUGGAGUGCAACUUCUUCCCCAUUCCAUUCUCAAGGGCUUCCUUCCUUUGCUGCUCUCUGUCUCUAUAUGUUGCUUCCUUGGUGAAUUGACUCAUGACUUGUAUCUGAUUUCAUCAACUUAAUUGAAACAACAAAUGCUGAUA